AUGAGCAAAAGAAAACAACAGAUGAUUGACGAUGAUAAGAGUGAUAAUGAAGAAGAAUCACUCAAACACAUGGAAUCCGAAGAGGAACAGGAGGAACCAUCUGAAAAAUUAAAGAAGAAAAAAAAGACUUCCAAGGAUAGCAAUAAAGAAAAACCAAAGAAAAAGAAAGAGGCUUCCGAAGACAAAGUAGAGCCAAAAAAGAAAAAGAAGAAGGUUCAAAAGGAGGAAUCAGAGGAUGACGAAGAAAAAAAGUCGGAAAGUGAACAAGACGAUGACGAGCAAGUCAUUGAAGAAGAUACUCGAAUGCCAGAAGAGGAAAACCAAUCCUCAUCCUCUCCUACUGCGGAAGAGGAGCUAAUGAGGGAUGAAGAGUUCACUUUGGCACUUCCAACAGAUUUAACUCAUGUCGAACAGGAACCUAUUAUUUCAUAUGAAGACAUUUCAGACAGUAAAUUAUUCGUUAUCGAGAUACCGCAGGGAUUUACUGUUGAGGAAGUUAAAAAGAAAUUACAAAACAUUUCUGGUUUUGGAGAGAAACAGUUAGUUCUUGAUUCAGAAUCAGGAAUUACCGUGACUAGAGAGGAUAGUUCCAAGUCAUCAAUUGUGCCACUGUUUACGUCAAUUAAUUCUGAUGAUCACCUAUUAAGAAAUAGCCAUAUUGAUGGAUUUUAUAGAAUUGAACAAGGAAUUGAAAUGCCAAAAUUUGAUGCUAUGAAAGAGAAGGAAAGACAGAGCAAAAUAUACAAAGCCAGUGUGAAGCAACGAGCAGAAUUCUCAAAUCAAGUUUCAAAAAAUAUUUUCAAGCCAGAUGGAUAUUCAGAAGAAAAUGUGCCUCAAAAGACGAGAAAGGACAAGAAGGAGGAGAAGAAAACUAAAUCAAACGAAAAGAAGCAUGCUACAGAAAACAAGGACGACAAGAAACAUGAAAAAUCUCAAAAGAAAGAGGUCACACAAAAAGUUCCUUUAGAGGAAAAGUCACACAAAAAGGAUGACAAGAAAUCGUCCAACGAGAGCAAACAGAAAGAUAAUAAGGAAGAGAAGUCUGAAAAGAAAGCUGACACGCAAAAGAAACAAGACAAACCUGAGCUGUCAACAAAGAAAGAUAAAAAAGACGAAAGUAAACACAAGGCAGAAGAGAAGAAGCAUAGCUCCGAAAAAAGCAAGAAUUCAGAAAAGAAAUCAGACGUAUCUGCAAAGAAAGUAGAAACAAACCACUCAACACAACCUAAAAAGCAAGACAAACAUUCGGAAACUAAGAGCGACAAAAAGGUUGAAAAAUCCAAAAAGCAAGAAAACGAAGGAAAAAAGUCUCAAAAAAGUAAUUUCAAUUUAACUAAAAUCUAA